UAGGGCCACUUCCGGUGGGCUGCUUCCGGUAGGCGGGGAGACUGCCUUGAGGCCACUUUCUGUUGGCUGGUUCGGGACGCAAAGCCAAGGAGACUGGCUUCCGGAAGAGGCGAUGCGGUCGCCUUGGUGUUGCUUCGGUAGGCCCGAGAGGCCAGCAGAGUAAGCGGCUUCUGGACAGCGGAGGACUCUGGUCGCGUGGGCGUCGCCGUACGGCGUGAGAAAGAGGCCCCUGGCGCCAUGCGGCCGCGGCUGGCGGUGCCGGCUGACCGCAGGCUGAAGCAGCGGGUAGUGCAGUACCUCGCCAGUAAUAGAUGUGGCAAAUAUGUGGACACUGGAGUCUUAGCAUCUGAUUUGCAAAGAAUGUACAGUAUGGACUACGGCCGAAGAAAAAGGAAUGCUUUUAAGAUUCAGGUAGAAAAAGUAUUUAACAUACUUAGUAGUGAGAAGGAGUUUAAGAAUCUAACAGAAUUAGAAGAUGAGCAUCUGACAAAAAGACCAAGACAAGGCGGAGAGGAUAAUGAGUGUACUGAAAGCUCUUCUGAUGGUGAUUCAAAUGUAGAAGAUUACACAGAUCCACAGUCAGCAAACCACAUGAACACUUCACUGCUCUCUCUAUAUCGGAAAGGAAAUCCUGAUUCUGUUUCAAAUACUCCAGAGAUGCAGCAAAGAGAAACUACUGCUUCAACACCACAGCUGAGUUCUAAAACGGGCUCCAUUCCUUUGAAGACUCCUGCCAGAGAGUCUGAGGGAGGAUGGUUUAUUGAAAGAACCCCACAUGGAAAGAAAAACAGUUUUUUCUUGGAGCCAUCGGCCGAGAAGAGUAAUCAUAAGCCUUUAUAUGAGGAUACAAAAGAUUUUUAUCCUUUGGAGAGUGAUAAAAAAAGAAAAGGCAACAUAAAGGGCAGAGGAAACAAAUGGAAAAAAGAAGAUCUUCAGGAAGUAGAUGGAGAAAUAGAAGCUGUCCUGCAAAAGAAAGCUAAAACCAGAGGGCUAGAAUUGCAGAUCUCCAAUGUGAAGUUUGAAGAUGUUGGAGGCAAUGAUGUGACAUUAAAAGAAGUCUGCCAGAUGCUCAUACACAUGCGUCAUCCAGAGGUGUACCACCACCUGGGCAUUGUGCCGCCUCGAGGUGUUCUCCUUCAUGGGCCCCCUGGUUGUGGGAAGACAUUGCUCGCACAUGCAAUUGCUGGGGAACUUGACCUGCCGCUCCUGAAAGUGGCUGCUCCAGAGAUUGUGUCGGGAGUUUCUGGGGAAUCUGAACAGAAGCUCAGAGACUUAUUUGAAGAAGCUGUGUCAAGUGCUCCAUGUAUUGUUUUCAUUGAUGAAAUUGACGCUAUUACUCCCAAAAGAGAAGUUGCUUCAAAAGAUAUGGAACGAAGAAUUGUAGCUCAGCUUCUAUCCUGUAUGGAUGAUCUGAAUAAUGUGGCUGCUACCGCUCAAGUCCUAGUCAUUGGAGCUACAAACCGACCAGACUCAUUAGACCCUGCUUUGAGACGUGCAGGAAGGUUUGACCGAGAAAUAUGCCUAGGUAUCCCAGAUGAAGCUUCCAGGGAAAGAAUACUUCAAACUUUAUGCCGAAAACUCAGACUUCCUGAAACAUUCAAUUUUUGUCACAUGGCACAUCUUACACCAGGCUUUGUUGGUGCUGAUCUGAUGGCGCUUUGCCGAGAGGCAGCUGUGUGUGCAGUGAACAGGGCCUUGAUGGCGCUGCAAGAGCGGCAGAGAGGAAGCCCUGAGGGUGAAGGCAGCCAGGGGGAAAGGCUGGAAACAGAGCCCACUUUGGAAAGACAGGAUGAAUUGCAAAGGCUGCUGGGGUUGCUAAGAGACCAAGAUCCCCUCUCAGAGGAGCAGUUGCAAGGCCUGUGCAUUGAAUUGAAUGACUUCAUUGUUGCUCUUGCCUCAGUCCAACCUUCUGCCAAGAGGGAAGGUUUUGUCACUGUUCCUAAUGUGACUUGGGCAGAUAUUGGUGCUCUGGAAGAUAUUAGAGAAGAGCUCACCAUGGCAAUACUGGCACCAGUACGCAUCCCAGACCAGUUCAAGGCUCUUGGCCUGGUGACUCCAGCUGGAGUCCUCCUUGCUGGUCCUCCUGGCUGUGGGAAAACUCUACUGGCAAAGGCUGUGGCAAAUGAGUCUGGACUAAAUUUUAUAUCUGUCAAGGGCCCAGAAUUACUAAAUAUGUAUGUUGGUGAGAGUGAACGAGCUGUGCGGCAGGUUUUUCAGCGAGCCAAGAACUCAGCACCAUGUGUGAUAUUCUUUGAUGAAGUGGAUGCGUUAUGUCCUCGAAGGUCAGACAAAGAGUCCAGCGCAAGUGUCCGGGUGGUGAAUCAGCUACUUACAGAGAUGGAUGGUCUAGAAACACGACAGCAGGUUUUUAUCAUGGCAGCCACUAACAGGCCAGAUAUCAUUGACCCUGCAAUUUUGCGCCCAGGCCGGCUGGACAAAACACUCUUUGUGGGUUUGCCACCCUCAGCAGACCGUCUUGCCAUUUUAAAAACUAUCACAAAAAAUGGCACCAAACCUCCCCUGGAUGAAGAUGUAAGUUUGGAAGCAAUUGCUGGUGAUCUUCGCUGUGAUUGCUAUUCGGGUGCAGACCUCUCUGCUUUGGUACGAGAAGCUUCUCUGUGUGCCCUAAGACAGGAAAUGGCAAGAGAAAAGUGUGGAAAUGGAAAAGGUGAGCUCAAGAUUAGUCAUGCACACUUUGAAGAAGCUUUUAAGAAAGUGAAACCAUCUAUAUCAGUAAAGGAUCGAAAAAUGUAUGAAGCUCUUCAGCAGUCCCUCAGCCAGUGACAUCUCCAGCUGCCAGCAUGGUGAAUCCAGCACAGUAAGCCAGUCAAGUGGUCUAGGUGCUCUGAGAUGCCUGCCCUCAGCCCAACAUAGAUAUGGUCUCUCUCAUGUAAGCAUUUUAUUUUCAUAUUAAUGAGGACAAACUGGAAGCUGAAGAUUCUUCAAUACAGCAGACCUUGUGGGAAAACUCCCCACAUCUUUAAGGGAAAAAAAAAUUAAACUGGUGAAAUAAAAUUUUACUCAAAAUUUUUAAUUUGAAACAACUUAAGGCCUUGGGCUUACUACUUUCAGAAGCCUUCAGUGUGCGUUUCUGUAAUGUGUCCUCACAACGGAGUCACACUAUGCAUGUUCAUUAGAGUUGUCAUGAAGCAAUGCCUUGUUCAUCUCUAAUCCUCUAAUAAGUACAAAUAAUGAUCAUGUUUCUAAAAUUCUUUAAUGUAAUUUUAACUACUUCAAUGGUUUGUAGUUUAGACAUCCUCUUAGAUUCUGGCCUAUUCAAAGCUUUGUUUGGGGUUUACUAUUACAGGGAGACUUACCAAACUAUACUUGGACUUUCCUUAAGCUAUGACCGUCGAGUCAUCCCAGCAUAAAUGGACACUUGAUCUACAUUGGGUUUCUGCUCUGCAUUCUCACUUGGUUAUUUUCCUGCGUGCUCUGACUCAGUCUUUGGUGCCUCACAUAAUAUCCUUGCUCCUUCAAAAUUGGAACACGGUUUAUUAAAAGUCUCUUUGCUGCUUACCUUGAUAUACUUUGUUACCUGUGAUUAUUAGUCUUCAACCUGCUAUCCGUCCCAAACCAUUUCUUCACCUCCAUCUACUCAAAAGGAUUUACACUCUUAAAGUCUACUAAUCAGUCCAUAGCAUAAGACUGCUGGCUGUGCCCACCUCUGUCUCUUUACUGGACUCUUGAUUGGACAAUUCAUACAGCAUCCUUACACUCACUUUAUUGAUGUAACCCUGACCUUUCAACCAUUACUGCUUCUAACCACUUUUUCAUGACAACUGUUUCAGGGCCAGUAUUUUCAGACUUCUUUGUCACUGGAGCUCCAGUGUGCAUGCAGGCCAAAGAUUACCCUCAAUACUGUCAACCUAUGGUCAUUGUUACUCCCUGUAACUUUACUUGUAUCUUAGACUGCAAGUCUAGAGGUUGAAUUCUCCAACCCUGGUCCCUCUAAACCAGUCUCAGUCUGCCUUCAAUAGACCUGCUGCACACGACAAAAAUUCUGGCCUCUGAUAUCCAGAAAGACCAUCACUUUCUUAAGUCCCUCAUCUCAACCCCUGGAUAACCACUGCUAGUUAUACUCCAAUUGCUCAUUGCCAAUACAUCACUUUAUCAGUCAGUCACAGACACUUGUUUUUUCCUUUACUCACAGAUACAGUACUUUGAAGAAAAGAAGACCCAAGGCAUAUACCAACCACAACUUUCCUCUUUUAACAGGAAUGGCAUUUGCCAUUUGAUAUUUCUUAUGAGGGCCCCCAGCACUUUUCAUAACUGAUACACAUAAACUUUUCUGUCUUGAUCUCACUACUUGUCUUACUGCCCUGAGUAUGUUCUUUGCAGGAAUCAAGUCCUGUGCCUUCCUUCCAACUGGACAGGUAUUUGUACCAUAGCUUUUCUAGCCCCUGAUACACAAAUUGUUCCCAACAACUAGUCUUUCCCUCCCUUUUCUGCCUUCAUUUGACCAAAAAACAGUGAUUACUCUAGUUCCUGUCUUGGCAUAGGAAUUGCUACAGAGAUAAGAACAAGAGCUACAGGACUACACUCUCCACAGCCUCUCCCUCAAGCUUGCUGAGGGCCUAUCCCCAUCUCUACUGCCAUAAACACAGAGGUCUUGAUGCACUAAAUAAAGCACAGGGAGGUCUGCAUGGCUUUGGAAGAACAACACUGAUAGUAUAUCCACCAGUCAAAUGUUGGACAAGCUGUAGAUCAGGCAUCCCAAUUAAGGGAAUAAGGGCCAAUCAGUUCCUCUCUUAAAAUCAUACUUGGGGGUGGCUUUCCUGGCUGUCACUCUUGGCCAGGAGACAAUUCAGGCAUAAUCAACCAGUGAAGACCCCAACUAUGCCUCUUCUAACUCAACCCUCAAAGUGCUGGCUCAGCCUUUCCAUCCUCUAGCCACUUCCAAUUCCCCAGGCUCCACUGUAGGUCAUUAAAUCCUACAUAAGAGUCACACAGACUCCAUAAUCUGUAGGUAGGAAUAAAGACUGCUCUCAGAUUGAGGCAGCUUCAGAAGAAGCUCUCAGUAUCCCAUAAAGAUUUUGGGGAUUAGGUGUUUUGGGAAAGUUGAUGCAGGAGAUGGCUAAGGAAAUGUCUGGAAACAGAAAGGAGGCCCCUGCCUGCCUUGGAACCUACUUUCUGGGCUACCUCUGAGGCACAGCCAAGUACAAAGCUCUGGAAAGAAGGGCAGGCCCACUUUGGAUGCCUUUUGGGUCUAGAUCUCCCUACUGAGUUAAACAGUCACCUAACGAACAGUAGGACUGGGAUCCUCAGGUCAAAUGCAAUGGGAAAGUGUAACCAGAUAACUUGGCUUCUGUGCAAGCAGUCUGGGCAUAUACCUGGUGAUCUGCAGUGCUUGGUCAACCCCUGCUCUGAUAGGCAUGCCAUUAACUCAGUUGAUUUGACCCUCCGUGGGCUUUGGAAGCCAUGCCAAUUCCCUCAAGAGCCAUAAAGGAUUAAAAACUCCCCAAUGAAGGGACCCAGCCAGGCUGCUCAUUGGCAGGAGUCAUAGCUCAAACUAAAUGCUCAAUCCCACCCCAAACCCUCAGGUUUAAAGUCCUCAGUACCAAGCCCUCUAAUGCUGUGAGCUUUUCUCACUGGCCCACUUCCACCCUGUGGACUGUACUGUUUUUCUUCCAAAUCUUUUACUGCUGCUUUUGGGUGUUGUGCUCAAUUCUUUGGCUAGGACAGUGGUGGCAAACCUAUGGCCCAAGUGCUGCAAUGGGCUAUUUAUCAUUGAAAGUUCUAAAAAGUUCUCCAUCGCUGGCUUAGGACAUCAAGAAUUUGUACAAGACCUCCAAUCCUAUAACAUCCCUAUUCACCCUUGCUCCCAUCUCAUGCAAGGGGAACCUAGGGUUGCUUCUGCUUAACACAGACUUAUUAUGUCACUUUCAGCUCACCAUCCCUUGGUGUCCUUAGUUCUAUCAGUCUAAUUGCACACGGAUUUAAAUCUGAUACCACCUAUCUUUGGCAUCUGCCUUCCCUCUCUUUAAAACACCCAAGUUCUUUCACGCAUCAGCCCUUGUUUCCCAAAAUGUUCCUGCCACCCACUGGCCAUCCUUCACUAAAAUACCAUGUUCUGAGAAGAUCUUUAGGACCCUUCUGCUUCUGCUUGUGCCUCAAGUUAUGCAGACUCGUGUCACUCAUGUUACACUGGGGGUCGAAGCCUGAGGUGGAGAUCCUCAGCAGCAGGGCCCCUGUUCUCUUUUGGGUCCCAAACAUGACAAGGAACAUGAGAAGGAAGUAACAUUGGGUGGCGUAAUGGCGCAGAGCAGUUAGCAUUGGAGAGAGCUGAUGAAACCGGGGCUUCUCAGCCAUCGUCAAGAAGCUGGCGAGGCUUUCUAUAAAGAGCACUAAGGAGUGAAUAGUUUGAGCAGCAGUGAUCAGCUGCUAUGGUUCAGGACAGCUGUGAUCUUCCCUCUUGCUGUGUGCAUGGAGCUGACAACACUCCCACACCUUGUCCCCUGGCAACAGGGACCAGCAGGACCGUGGCCCCUGAGUGGCACUGAUCUGAGCUUGCCUGGGCUGAUCUCCAAGGCAUCUGCAGUGGGGAGGCCCUUUGUGGAUGCAGACAGAAGAGCCAUCUGCAGUCACACAGCCCAUGAAGUUCUGACUUGGGUCCCCAGCACUGCUCCAAUGUGGUCCUUGCUGGAACAUGGGACCAGGUCUAAAGUGAGGCUCCCGAUUCUCUUCCUGGGCAAGGAGUGGAGUGUGGGAUUGAGGCACUCAAGAGAUUCACAUGCUCACCUAUCUUUCUGCUUGGCACAAGCAGCAUUGGCUGGAAGUACCUUCGCCUCUGCAUGAUCUAAAUUGGGCUUUACACAGCUGUUGUGCUUGGAAAGAAUGUUUCUGAGCUGACUCUGAAAAUCCUUGUUUGUCCUGUUCUGACUUGUAAUUCAGCCCCAAGAACUUCUGGGAAGAUGGAAGAGUGGUGAGCAGCAGAGAAAGAGCCUCUCUGAGAUUUGAUGUCCUAACAUUGAAAUAUGGGGGCAUGAAGAGAAGGAAGGAAGUGGGUUCCUGGGACCUAGAAGGAGCUGAAGUGAGAAAAUGAAGUCCACGGGAGAGUGGAAAGAGACUUCAAUGAAAAAAAGGAAGGUACCAGGUGGUGCUUUGUCCCAGAGUCCAGACUCAUGGUGUGGGAAGGGCAGUUUGAACCUGCAGGUGCAUGGUGAUUACUGGCGGCUCCAGAGGCCUCCGUGGAGAAAUGCACCUGUGGAACUAAGCAGUGGACACAGCUGAACACAGUGGCUG